ACGAAGGCACCGUUUUGUGUUCUGUUAUCUAUUCUCAAUCCAUCCGUAUUUCUUCCGUAAAUUAAGCAGUGAAGAUGAAGUUUCCGUGGUCACACACCUCUAUUGUAGAUAUGCUCAAAAAUGAUCAUAAAGUGCACGAUAAAUGCUCACACGUGACGAUUGAAAUUGCCAACGGGAAGCUGGACAUUGCAGCGUUCGUCGAAGAGCUAGGACCCGCACUGACGCACACAGAGUCCGAGAUCCGCACGAAAGGUGUUUCGUUGCUAACGAGUGUGUUGCAAGCCCUGCCAGCCGAUUGUCUUAAUGCGGAACAGAUCAAGUUCCUAUGCGCCUUCUACACCGACCGUGCCAAGGAUCAAAGUUCCGUCUACCCGACGGUGGUUGCUGGACUGCAUGCACUCGUGCUCAUGAGCAACUUCGCUUCUACCUCUGCCGUACCCGUGCUGAAAGCCCUUUUUACGGAUAUUACGUGCCAAUGCCUGAAGAAACCGGACCGCACGCUACACCUGGAGACGAUCAUGGCUCUCUCGGAAAAGUACGAAGAUGUGUUGAAACAAUGGGGAGCCGACUUUGUAUACGGCGUGAUUGGUGCGAUCGAGGGUGAACGGGAUCCUCGGAUACUGGUGUAUCUGUUUGAGCGUAUGCCAACGUUUAUUCGCACCUUCCCGCUGAAGCAUCUAGCCGAGGAAAUGUUCGAAACGCUGGCCUGCUACUUUCCCAUCGAUUUCCAUCCGAAUCCGAACGAUCCCAAUGACAUUACUCGGGAGAAGCUGGCCGAACGGCUUGCCAACUGUUUGUGCGCCACGUCCGAGAUGGCAGUGUUCGGGAUUCCAAUGCUGCUCGAGAAGCUAGAUAGUAGCCUUCUAUCGGCGAAACUCGAUUCGCUGGCACUGCUUGGUCGCUGUUUGCCACUACUCGAAGUAUCCCAGGUGGAGGAACACUUUGGUGAGCUGUGGAUGUCGCUGAAAGGGCAACUAUUCCCGUCACGGAUGGCGAGUGUCGACAAGGAAUUACUGGAAGCGUGCUUAACGGCUACCCGGGAGUUACUGAAACAUGCAUCGAAAGACGAGGCAGCGGCAAAACAGUUGCUCGAUCAGAUACUGUUGAGCGUGAUGGCCCAUCUUACCGAUGCGAACUCAAAGCAAUUCGAGGUGAGCCUCCAAGUGGUGCUAAGCUGUGGUCAAGGUAGUGAGUACUGUGCGGUGUACAUCACCGGUAAAAUAGUACCGAUGUUGCUUGCACAGUUGAACUCGGAUUCACACAUCGAACUGCGCCUACAGAACGUGCUCCUAGACGGUUUGCAACGAGUGAUGGCCAUCUGUGCCGAGUGUUUCUGCAUCGGUAAGCUCGAUCCCUCGCUGGUGGAACAGGUCCAACGCCAAUUCGUUCAAAUUUUGCAAUCGGCCGGAGCCCAGAUCAACGAGCAGGUCAAAGUGGCGCUCAAAGCCGUUGCCACUGCACCGGAGAUGGUCUUGAGUGAGAACCGUUACGUCGUGUACAGUGCGCUGGUGGCGAUCUUGCUCAACGUGAACUGCUCCGACACGGCUACGGCAGAGGAAUGCCUUCUAUCGCUAGCCAUUCGUUAUCAGGAGGAAGUGAAAACGGUUGUCCUGCAGCAACUGAUGAGCCAUGAUUUGGCCACGGUCGAACAGUCGCUCGUGCGACGACUAUUUAAAACGUUCGGCAAAUUCAUCCUUUACCAUGGUUACACCUAUAAGAUGGUUGAUUUUCUUCUGAAGAAGAUCUUCGCCGAACCAUUGGACGAACGGUUGGCCAUUGUUGCCAUGGAUACGCUCACCGAGGCGGCCGAAGAUGGACGAUGGGAUGAGUUGGCCAAGGGUGAGCUGUACGUGCAGUAUAAGCUGAUUGAUCGAUUCUUCGAUUACGUGAACGAUCAGCUUAGUUCCGAAUAUCUGCACAGCAUGGCUCUUCUGAUGGUGGCGGUCAUCAAGCGGUUGACAGUGGAGGAACAGAAGGAGCUGAUCCUUAAACGUUUACCACCGUUGAAGCUGCAGCACCGUACCGAUCUGUAUCUGGCAUCUGGAUUGUUAGGCUAUCUGGACUCCAGUGUACCGUUGGUGGAUCACUUCGAAAGUCUCGUAACGGAUCUAACACAGCUAGCGCUUACCACGGACGAUGAACGUGUUCGCGGGCUCUGUCAUCAGCUACUUUGCAGCCUCUUUAACCGUAUGCCGGACGACGAGCACCAUCGUGGUGUAUUGAAACGGCUGUUGGCCGUUCUGAAGAGUGAGCUGAAGAAGCAUAACCACCAGGCUGUGCUCAUUCUAAGCUGGAUCGGUAAAGGGCUGAUUGCACGUGGGCACAAGGAUGCAGGCGAAAUCGUUGACGACAUCGCCGAGCUACUGGACCACCCGACCCUUGGUCAUAUGGCUGCGCUGGCGUUUGAAAUUCUAUCAGUCGAGUUCCCGCAACUGCAUCUACCGCUCAUACGGGGACUGUUCAAACAGAAACUGUUCGUCUGGAUAAUGAAGAAACUCGAGACCCAGCUGGAGCGGUACGCCGAAACGCACCUGAAGGCGCUGGCGUUCGUGUUCCAGGCAACACCACACACGGUGUUGCGCAUGAACCUAACGAAGGUCGGUCCGAUUCUUCUCCGGUGUCUGGCACAGGAUGACGAUCGAACGGUGCUGGAGGCGUUGACGAUAGUGUUGCGCUUCACCCGCGAGCAGGAGCUCUUCAUAAAGGACCAUCUGCAGACAUUGAUUCCGGCACUACUGAAGCUGUCUGUACGGCAAUCUUCCAUGAACGUGCGCAUUAAGGCGCUAGAAAGUUUAUUGUACAUUUCCACAUAUCCAACCUUCCUGUUGCUGCCGUUCAAAGCAAAUGUCCUUCAACAGCUUCAGAAACCGCUGGAUGACCGCAAGCGUUUGGUGCGAAGUGCUGCAGUUGCUGCACGGCUUCAGUGGUUCAUCGUAGGAGCAGAGGAAACCAAAAACGACAAAUAAGGCUUCAUCAGUGUCGGCAAUGGUCGAAUGCUAUAAAUGUGUGUAAGGUAGGGUAUGCGGGGUUCUAGAGAACCCCUCAGCAUUUCUUUCUUUCUUUACAAAACACACAAUUUUGUUGCGAAACUAUACAAAAUGUUGACUUCCGAUAUUAUAGUUUUCGUUGCGCUUUUUGUAGACAUAAUAAUAAAAGACGCUCCUUAAAGAAGCUUGAAUUUUGCUCGUAAUAUA